CUAGGAGACUGUCUCACUCUUGGUAGAGGAAACGUACAAUUCACUUGCAGCAUUUCUGCUCCGCGCCGGUACAACGAAGAUACUUUGGUCCAAUGGGGUUACGCAGAAUAUUGUAGCAACCUGCGUCUGCAUAGCGUCUAAAUGCAAUGUUGCCGAGGUGAAUUACGCGCAAACCCUAACUCGGAAGUCUACCGCCAUACUAUAAUCGGCAUGUGAGCACAGCUGAGCAGUUUGCGGAGAAGGAGCUGCGCUCGGACACAAGGGCCAUUGCCGCUUGGAAUCCCUGCGUUGGAGUGCUGAAAGGACAAAACGCACAGCUGUUUGUUCGGCCGUGGGUAGACGAAUGGGGUGCAGCUCAAGCAAAGGGUACGAUGCUCAUCAUGGCUUGGAACAAGUGAGCCAUGAACUCGUUAAGAAAUCUGCAGCGCUAAAGGCCGAGGCGCUGCGGGUAGCGGAUGAAAUGAUGGCACAGACCAAGGGCAGGCGGUUUCACGAGUUUUACACCCGAUUGACACUGACGAGCUACGGGGCGAGUUGUAAAGUGCUAACAGCGUAUCAUCGCACCACAAGCAAAAAAGUCGCAGUCAAGACCAUACCUAAGAGUCGCAAACAACAGGAGCGUCAGCGUCAAAGGGUUAAGCAGGAGAUUGGAACUUUCCGCAUGGUCGAGGAUCACCCAAAUGCUGUGCGGGUUUUGGAGAUUUUUGAGGGUGCUGAGUGUUACUACAUUGUCAUGGAGUGCUGCGAAGGCGGCGAGUUAUUUGACCACAUCAGCAAGAAGCAGGGCUGCUUCACUGAGCGGCAGGCGGCCCAGCUGCUGCGGAGUCUGAUGCUCUUCCUGGCGCACAUGCACGCCAAGGGGAUAGCGCACCUGGACAUCAAGCCCGAGAACCUGAUGUUCGACAGCGAGGGGGCGGCGGGGGUGCUCAAGGUGCUGGACUUUGGAUCCUCCGUGUUCGUGCAGCCCAAUGAAACGGUCCGCAACGCCUUCGGCACGGUGCGCUACGCCUCCCCCGAGAUGGCCAACGACGUGUGCGGGCAGAAGGCGGACGUGUGGUCGGCGGGUGUGGUGAUGUACAUCCUGCUGUGCGGCCGCGCGCCCUUCCUGCGCAGCAACGACACGGAGACGCUCAACCUGAUCAAGAGCGGCCCGAGGGUGCGGUUCAGCGGGGAGAGGUGGACGGCCAUAUCCAGUGCCGCCAAGGAGUGCAUCCGCGCCAUGCUGGACCCCGACCCGCGCUCCCGCCCCACCGCGGUGGAGGUGCUGGCCAUGCCCUGGCUCAAACAGCAGGUCCCCGAGACCAUCAUCCUUCCCGACACGCUGCAGCACCUGCGCACCUUCGCCAACCAGAGCCGCAUCCGUCGGCUGCUGCUGGGUCUGAUGGCUGACCAGCUGGUGGGCAGUGGGGCCAACCAGCUGCUGGGGCAGUUCUACAGCAUGGACAAGGACUUCAGCGGCACGCUGGAGGUGGCGGAGCUGGUCAAGGCGGCGCAGGAGGCCAUCCCCGAGCUGACGGAGGAGGAGAUCAACCGCAUGUUUGAGGCGCUGGACGUGGACCGCACGGGUACGGUGGACGUGAAGGAGUUCUUCGCGGGGCUGAUCCAGACCAUUGACGAGGAGAAGCAGACGCUGGUGGCGCAGAAGAGCUUCACCAUACUGGACAAACGCGGCUCCGGCUACGUGACCAAGGAGGUGUUCAUGGAGGUGCUGCUGGAGCGGGUGCAGCAGGGGGCGCUGCGCACACUGGAGCAGCAGCAGGGGGGAGGGGCAUCACCGCCGGCACCUCUGCCAAACCAGCAGCAGCAGCAGCAGCAGUACCCUCCCCUCGCCGCCGCCAAGCAACCCGCGACGCAGCAGCAGCAGCAGCAGGGGCAGCAGCAACCCUCCUGGGGCCACCCAGGGGGGCAGCAGGGGCAGGGGCAGCAUGUCGGGGGGCAACCCCCACCCCACCCGGGGCUGCAGGACCCCCACCCCCUCCCCCCCAACCCCUUCCACACCUCCCAAGGCGGCUGGAAGCAGCAGCAGCAGCCCCAGCCCCAACAACAACAACAGCAACCCCCGGCCGGUGUUGGUGGCGACCCCCCGCCCCAGCCCCCUCCCCCCCCUGAGCCCCAGCCCCCCAGCAGUCGUCGUCGUUCCUCCGCUGAGGGCGGCGAGGGGCCGCUACUGCUGGACCCCGCGCUGGUGGCGGAGCUGGAGGCGGAGUUUGCGCAGCUGGACGCCAACGGGGACGGAGUGCUGAGCUUCGAGGAGUUCAAGGCCAUCCUGGGGAUACAGUCGACACCGGAGGGGCUGCAGCUGGCCCAGCCUCAACUGGCAGCGGUGCCCUCCCUGCAGGAGGGCAUGGAGAAUCUGGCCCACACCCUGCGCACCCGCACCCGCACCGCCUCCGCAGACGACCAUGUGCACUACAUCACCGCAGCGGCCGGAGGUGGAGGUGGCGGCAAUGACAGCGGCAAUGGGGCCGGUGGUGGUGGUGGCGGUAUUGGCGGCGGGCGGGCUGGCUCCACCAUGGGCUGCCGGGCGCAGUCGCUGAGCAGCGGCGGAGGCCUGUUCAGAGCGCGCAGCGGGCAGCACCCGCGAGGGGGGGAGUACAGCGGGCCGCUGGCGUUUGUCGGGGGGAGCGGGGCGGGAGCAGGCGGAGGAGGGGGUGGCAGUGUGACGGGGGUGCAGCAGCUGGGGCGGGGCAGCACGGGCGGCAGUCGUGCGGCGUCGGUGGGUGUGGUGGACCGGGCGGCGCUGGAUCUGGAGCUGCCGUACGACCUGGGGACGAGGGACCUGCUGCAGCUGCUGGCGCCGGCGAAGCGGUCGCCGAGCAUGAGGGGCACGCUGGGCAGCAGCACCCCGCAGCCAGCACCCCGCAGAUGACCAUGAUGAUCCCCCGCUCCCAGUCCCAACAGCCCUUCAGCCACUCGGGCGCCCUCUACCGGAGCAGCGCCGGAGCAGCCCCCGGCGGGGGAGGAGGCGGAGGACUGGUCUGCACCAGCGUAGCCGGCUUCCGCCUGCCCUCCAAACGCCACCCGGGCGGCAGCAACGCGCGCGACGCCGCCGCCCCUGCUGCCCCCGUCAUCCAGCGCGCCGCCUCGGUGGGCCUCUCCCGCACCGGCUCCUCCUCCGGCCGCACCACCUCCAUCCCCACGCUGCUGCUGCUGGAGAAGGUCCCCUCCAUGCGCGCACCCUCGCUGCCGCCGCUACUGGCGGCUCGCAGCGCACGCGGCGCCGGGGGGCUCAAGGCGGUGGAUGCGUGGGACGGACCGCUGCCGCCGCCGGUGCAGCCGCUGCAGCAUGCGCCCUCGCAUAAGGGGGUGGCGUUUCGGACGGGGAGUAGUGAGGACGCCGGGGAGGGGGAGAGCAAGGGGCCUGGUGCGUCAGGGGCCGGGGCGGAGGCGGCGGAGGCGGCGGUGCUGCCUGGCGUGCUGCCUCCGCCGGCCCCAGGGUCGGAGGCCUGCUCGAGGAGUAGCGUGGAGCUGCUGUCGGCGUCCAACCGCUGGCGGCAGUCGUGUUGCGGGGAGAGCAGCCUCCACCUGGCAGAGCCCUCGGCGGUUGCGGCGGGGAAGGGGUCGGGCGCCACUGCCCUCACGUCGCCCAGACCGCUGCAGCCCCAGCAGCCGCCGCCGCAGCGCACAUCCAGCUUACGGCUAGGGUUUCCGGCCUCACCCCUGGUUGCCGCGGGGGCUGCUGUUUCACCCGGGGGCGGCGGUAAGGCCACGCCGGUGGUGGCAGCGGCGGUUGCGGAGGGCCAGGGUCAUGGUCAACAUGCGGAGCUAUCGCCCCUGGUGGCGGGCAUACCCGGCAGCUCGGAUUUGAGCAGGCGGCUGCUGCUGGCUGACUGCGGGGCGUAGGGGUGAAAGGAGGUGGGGGUGAGGGUGGGGGUGCGGUUGAGUAGCGGUGUUCUUGUGUGCUGCUGCCGUAGGUUGAGGUGCGGGUUUGUGCUGUCUUCAUGGUGUUACCUGUCAUGUUACAUUACAGUCUGGGAGAAGCGGGCCGUUCGGCCACCAUGCAUGCUCUCGCUCGGCACAGGGUUGGUGGUGGUGUUCUUGGAGCAGUCGCCUGCCUGGCUGGCUGGCUGGCUGGCUGGCUGGCUGGAACACCUUGCAUGCUGACACUUCGUAUGACGGUUACUAUUAUGCGCUCCCCUGCCAUGUUCCCAAGUUGCUGGUCAAGUUACUACAGCUACUAAAGAAGAAAGGUCAGGUUGACACUCGCGGUUGAGCCCUCGCGGCGAGCCAAAGGCUGCCGCCUCCUUUCUUAUGUCGUACGCAGCUAGGUGCAACACACCUGUUGUCGGGGGCGGCUGUUGCGCCGCUCGGUUGCUGUUGUGGUAGAAUGCAAUGCGGAGAGGCGCGGUGACGGAUGUGGACCUUACCGCCCCUCGCCUCUAGGUUAUUUCAAUGUGAGCUGUUGAAUAGAGGCGCGGGAAGUCGGCUUACGUAUCUGGCGUCUUGCGGAAAGGGGAGGUGUGAAGGUUUCUUGGGCAGGGUUUUGAGGGCACAAAGGAGGAAUUAGGGCGUGGCAGCAGUUGGCCCGCCGUUCCGUUGCACCUUUCGACACAGUAGCAGGAUUGGAGCAGCUGAAUCCGCGUUGCGGCAUGUUGGACAUAUGGUUUCUUUCUUCUCGGUCAACAGUAAUCGCAUGUGUACAUACACAGUUAAUUUUGUUGGGGCGCGAAGCCGCAAGAGGUAUCGUACGGGGUUUUUUGAAAUGGCGUUGCCUCGGGUCCCGCUGGUCUCGCGCAUAUGUUUGGUACUUGCAGCAUCAUAAGUGAUUGUGCGUUCCCUUGCGUUGGUCGGUUAAUUUAUACAAUCGGUGUCGUUAUGCCCGGUUUGUGUAAUAUGCUAUUCUCUAACCGCUUGUACUGUGGAGGUGGUGUGGAAAGUGUUGUACAUGUUGAAGAGGGCCUGGUCAUUGACCGGUGGUCCCAACAUCGGUAGUUGGGUUUAUCAAGUGCUGCUGACGUUCAAGUUGCCGUCGCGUGGCGUGCGUGAAGUGGAUUGGGCUGCGCUGGUGUGUGGUUUAGCGGCAUCUAGGACAGAACGAAUGCCCCUUUGGUACCAUGGGGAUAUGACGCGGAUUCGUUGCCCCGGGGUUUGCCCGGUGCGUUUACAGGGACGGGGUGUAGGCUCUGAAUGCUGACUGUGUAUUGACAUCAGAACCCUGUCAGAACUGUAUUUAAACAGCAGCCCCGCGGCUCCCUAGCAGCGGGCGCUGGGCAGUAGUGAUGCGGGGCCCGCGGUGUGUUGGGAAUUUGGCAAGGCCGUUUGUUGGUUGCUGCCGGUUCGCCGUCGUUUGGAGGCUCCCCGUUCAUAUUGCUGACCUCGUCCUUAUGUCGGAUUGCAGGAUUGCAUGGCGGAAAGCAUGGCUUCGUACUGUCGUGCCGCAUUCGGGGUAUGGUACACAUCUGCAAUUCUGCACACACAGCAUAUGAUGAGGUGAACCGCAAUUGUGUUCGUUUUUUGGCCUUUGCAACAAACAAGUUGUCCUUAACGGAUAGGCCGUUUUUAUGCAAGGUUUGCUCAGUACUGCGAACCUGGUCCCUGUACGGCAACAAACUAUGAUGCGUUUCGUGAUAUAAAACGUGACUCCGCAGCAUCUGGCUAGGUCAGACUCCCGAACAUGCCUGCAUGCGCAGCAGAGCCGGGUGCGGCGGGAGGCCAUUCGACCUAACAUCCCGACAAAUAAAAUAACUUAUGCAGCGCAGCACACACCAAUCGGAUCACACCCCCCAACCUCCUUUGCUGACUGCUGCAUAUGCCACUUGGCUCAGCGCUCUCCUGCCUUGCUGGUGCCGGGCGGCGGCGCUUGGCAGCGGCAGCAGGUGCAAGAUAACCUGCCAGAAAUCCAGCCAUCCUUCGGGAAAUCGGGACAUUCCUUCUG